AUGGGGCUCCUAAUGUCCCUAACAGCGUUGCUAAUAGUGGAUAAUCAGGUCUUCAUACUCCUGGUGGCGGAGAUGUCACUCUUUAUGUUCCUCGUUGUCCCAAUGCCUUUUGCCAUCCGGCGAAAGAUGUUCACCUUCCUCUCCGAGAACACCAUUGUUGCCAAAUUACAAUACUGGCUUAAGAUCACCUUUGUAUUCAUCUUGAUUCUCUUCCUCGAUAGUGUCAACCGCGUCUAUCGUGUUCAACUCGAACUGGCCGCCGCUACCGACUCGAAACAGGGCACAGCGGCGGUUAUGGGUCACGAACGCCUCGAAGUCCAAGCCCGCAAGUUCUACAGCCAGCGUAACAUGUACCUGUGCGGCUUCACUCUGUUCCUGUCGCUCAUCCUUAACCGCACCUACAUCAUGAUUCUGGAAGUGCUCCGCCUGGAAGAGAAGGUCAAGCAGUACGAGGGCACCGAUCGCAAGACUAAAGAAUCUGAGAAGCUGGCCGCAGCCGGAAAGCCCGGUGAGAUCGCCCGCCUCCGUACCGAGCUUGAGAAGAAGGACCGCGACAUCGAGACUCUGCGCAAGCAGGCCGAGGGCUUGAGCCGCGAGUAUAACGAUCUAUGCGAGAAGUACGGCGAGACGCAGCCCCCCGCUGGUACCCGUAAGGACAAAUAA